AUGACAGCAGAAGAUCCUGAAAUUUCAGGUUCAGGAGACGAUGCAACUACUGCAACACCAGACGAUGCAACUACUGCAACACCAACGACUUUAUUUAAAGAUCCCUGCAACUCAAAUCCCUGUGGCACUGGAAGCACCUGUGAGGUCCGUUAUGACGACACAUAUGUAUGCUUGUGCCUCGCUGGUGAUUCCUACAACACCAAAGUCUUCCCUGGAAUUCUUCAAGUGAAAAAAGAAUUUAAAAAUGAAAUGACAGAUACCAAAUCAAAGGAAUUUAUAGAAACUGCUAAUGAAAUCAUUGCUGAGCUGGAUAAAGCUUAUAACAAGAACAAGAACGGUUACUCCAGAUCUAUAGUGCUGAAACUCCUGUAA